AUGCUGCCGAUGCCGAUGCUGCUACUGCUGUACCUUCGGCUGGGAUCGACCGGGGACCAGUGGGCAACAACACUCCAUGGCACAUCAGUGAGCGGCCGCCACACCAGGGGGCAAGAAGCGGAGCGGGGAAAGGGCAGCGCGGGUGAGACGCCUCUUCGAGAAGCCCAGAGGAUGGCGCAGAUCCUCUCUCUCCAUCCGCCUCCGGCUGUUGGUCUGCUUGGUCUCCAGGGUGCUCCGUUCAACCCCUGCAUACCGUUGUGCUACUGGAGGAUGGGGUACGAUGGGGUGUCAGCAGGCUGGGCAGGUGACGAAGAAGACUGA